AUGUCUAGUGGUCCUCUUCCAUCAACAAGAUGUCUGCUCUCUGAACUCCCUAGUCGACAAGUGAGAGAGAAAGUCAGAUUCCUAGGCUGCGUCACGGCAUACUCGAUGCACUCGGCACGUCUUACCCUUGAGCACCAAUGUCCCAAGGGGAGCACAGUCAAGGCUUCCGUCGACGUGAAGCUUCUUCUGCAGGUGCUGAAGUCCGAACAAACAGAUAUCGGGCAAUGGGUCCAUGUCAUCGGAUACAUUACGUCUGCUGAGAUGUCCGCGAUCGCUGAUGUGGUGCCGCUUCCGGAGAUUCGCGAAUCAAUCUGCAUCGGUGUGCAGGCCCUCGUCAUCUGGGAAGCUGAUGGUCUGGACAUUGCUUCAUACGAGAAAUCAAUCCUCGCGAAAGCCGACUGA